GAUAGUUGAUCAUUCUCGUUCUUCAUCACCAGGAAAAUGUGCAAAUCGAUUGCUUUCGACAUCUGGCUUGCCACUGCUAACAAGACAGAUGAAGCAUUUAAAGAUCCACUUUCAAUUCCUCAUAAUGGAGCUUUUACAGACUUUGAAGGAGCUUUUGUAAAGGGUGUUGAUUCUCUUUCAUGGAUGGCCAACAACACCAGCAAACUUUUUCCUUUACACAGUGACAUGCCUCAGUGUUGGACUUUUUUCAGCACGGCUGCUUAUGGAAAAAGGAAUAAAGUGCCACAGGAGAAUAUCCCUAAAGUCACAGCAGAAAAAGUAAAGGAGGACUUGCUUAACGAUGUAGAAUUUGCUCUUGGACUGUCUAAGGGAUCACUUCAGUGUCCAUUUUAUACACGAGUCCAAUUAUGGGGUGCUGCUCUUCCAACCAACACUCCAGGGAUUCCUUGUAUCUUCGAUCCACAUGUUGCUGGUCAUGAUAUUGGUCAGUUUCCUGGUUUGAAUUCUGAAAAGCAAGUGCUUGAACCUCAGACAUGGACGGUCUGA